AUGCCAGCACGCGGGGCACGCAUGUUUCACGAGGCAGGAGUGGGAUCUCGCACGGGCAUGAGGGCACCCUCCAUGGGAGGAGCAGCAGGAGUCGAUGACUUGUCGGCGUACUUGGCGGCAGGUCAGCGAGCCCUCGAUGAGGAUGAUGAGGAUGAUGAGGAUGAUGAUGCCGAGGACUGGGCGCAGAGCGGCGAGGAGAGCUUGCAGGUGGAGAGCGAGGAUGAGAGCAGAGCAUCGCUACGAAAGAGGAAAAGAGGCGAUCGCGCAGCGGCAAGCAGCAGCAGCAGCAGGAUGGACAUCGAACAGAGUGAGUGCAAGCGAUGCAGAAGCGCAUACAUGCGUGUGCCUGAAGCUGUGCCAGCUCACACAGCGCGCCCCACAUGCACACGCUGCGCCCCUCCCAACCCACCCGCAAAGGCUCGCCUCCAUCACCGCGUAGAGCGAUACACAGAACCAGCGCAUACACUCGGUCUGCCGACGAGGACUCCGAUGCAGGAUCCGUGGUCGAUCAUGAAGACUUGGGCCCUUCGCGCAGGCGCGUCACGAAAUUGCCAGACGAAGAUUACGAUGUUGAAGUGGAUUUCGGCACUGGCAACUCUUUUGAUCUGAGCGGCAAUGGUGCGCGCGAUAUGGACAAUGUCUAUUCGGAUGAGGAGGAUCUGCUCCAGCAACCAAGGGCUGCCGCUGGCGGCUCGAGCAAGAGCAGGGACGACGGCAAAAAGACGUCUGCGCCUACUGCAGGAUUGGCAGCGAGAAGGAAGGCUGCAGCGGCUCGAUCUGCCCGUUUGGGAGAUUAUAGCCAGGAGGAAGAGGAUGAUGUGCGAACUAUGCUCAAUGGCGCUGCUGAGGAUGACGCUCCAAUGCCUUCACCUUCGCCUCCGCUCACGCGAGCUCCUGCAAAACCAAAGGCAGCAGCAAAGAAAAUUGCAGCGUCAGCCACUGCUCCUUCCAAGAAACGCGGUCGCCCUCCAAAGACACCCUCCGCCUCGCAAAGUGCCACGAGCCGAGCAAAUGCGAAGAGCAAAGCGGCUAGCAUGGACGUUUCGCAACAGCAGCAGCGCGUGGUGGAGCAAGUGUCUGCAGGCGAUCGCGAGCGUUCUGCCUCGGUCGAAGGGGGCUUGCGACGGAGCGGCAGGUACAGAUAUGCGCCACUGGAGCACUGGCGAGGAGAGACGGUGCGCUAUGGUCGACCCAGCUUGCCCGCAGUUCAGGAAGAGGAGAGCGAGGAGGAAGAGGGUGCAAGACGCGUGGCAAGAGGAGCUGCGGUUCCUGUACUCAAAGAGAUCAUCCGCGUGCCUAGAGCUCAAGGAGAGGGCACAUUCAGCGGCAUGAGAAAAAAGAGGGUGGUGAAAAGGGCCAGAAAGCCGAUGGGCAAUGGCGCAACCAGGACGCCGAGCGUGACAAAGAAUGAAGAGGGGGUCGAGGUGAUUACGGAGUACGCUGGCCCGGCCGCGAAUGAGCCUACACAGAACUUUGAGGACGGAUGGGAUGACGAGACGUCGCCCAAUGCGCUCGUAUGGGACGCAGCUGCUGGAAUGGAAGUGGAAAGACGUGAGUUGCGUGGCGCGCGCGGGUGCAACGCGGGCGGCAGACCUUUUGCACUGACACUUGAAGCGCGCGCGCGCGCGCGUACCAUCAGGCGUCGUCUGCACACGCAAGCAAGUCAGGCCACGUCCCGCAGCCAAUGCUUCCUUUGGGUUCGAAAAGAUUUUUACGCUCGAAGAUCACAUGGCUUCUGGCAUGCUAGAGAUCGAGAUCGGGGGAGACAAGCCGUACAAACCUUCAAAGGACAACAAUUACGUCUUUGUGGUCCUCGAGGGCGCUGUAGACGUGACGAUCCAUCGCACGGAUUUCAGACUGGCGCCGGGUGGUAUUUUUAUGGUUCCAAAGGGUGAGUCCUCUAUCUCCCGUGCAUGUCGUCCCUCAACAGCCACGCUGAACCUCGGCCUUUGACGCAACAGACAACUCGUACAGCAUCCGAAACAUCUGUCAUCGGCCUGUACGAGUGUUUUUUGCUCAAGCCCGCAAGCCUGUAGAUCCCAACGCCUCCAACCUCUACACUCAGGCUGGGACCGGAGGCGAACAAUCUUUUGGAAACAUGACAUAUUCCCAACCUCCACUUCAAGAUGCACAUCUAUACACUUCAGAUCCCUUCCUGGCCCCAUCCUCCUCCCGCGACACCUCCAGCAGAUACGCGAGAAGGUGA